UAGUGUUGCUAAUCGCGGUUCCUGAAAGCACAUUUCUUCAUCCUCGUUGUUGUCAAGUUUUUAACUUUUGAAGUUCAUAUUUGUGUUGAUUAUAUAUAUUAUAUUUGUGGUUAAUUACUUGCUGUUAUUUCUGUUAAUUUCUUCUGCAUUUCUGCAAUUUAUUGCAUUCAUUGAUCUGUUGUUAUUGUUGCAGGGGCAUCAGAACGCAGCCGAGUCAACAUGCCGUGUGUUCAUUAUAAGUUUUUCAGUAAACUAACACACGACACGGUGAUCUUUGAUGGCCUUCACAUCACUCUCGGAGAUUUGAAACGCCAAAUCAUGAGACGAGAGAAACUGAAGCGCUGCGAUCUGAGCAUCAAAAACGACCAAACCAAUGAAGAAUACACUGAUGAUGCGGACAUCAUCCCCAGUUACACCAUGGUGACCGUCAGACGAAUCCCUGGAACUGGACUAAAAUCCACAUAUAACAGACAUGCCAAUAACUGUUCUAAACCAUCCAGUGGAUCUUCAAAAGCAGAGAACUGUAGCGAGAGACAGACAGAACCCAACCACUCCAUCCCCACAGGCACAGAUGCUGCCUUUCUGAACGAGCUUAAUGACUUUUAUGCACGCUUUGAGAGAGACAAUAAGGAACCCGCCACCAGGCACACACCUUCUACUGACCACCCAAUCAUCAAACUAAAUUCCACAGAUGUUUUCACUGCACUAAGCCGGAUAAACAAGCGAAAAGCUAAUGGCCCAGAUGGCAUCCCUGGUCGCGUACUCAGGGCAUGUGCGGAGCAGCUCGCUGGGGUCUUCACGGACAUCUUUAACCUGUCCCUCGCCCAAGCAGUGGUUCCUGCAUGUUUUAUAUCCACCUCCAUUGUGCCCAUUCCAAAAAAUUCCAGCCCGACAUGCCUGAAUGACUACAGCCCAGUAGCACUCCCACCCAUUGUCAUGAAGUGCUUCGAGCGGCUGGUCCUGUCACACCUAAAAGACUCUCAACCAUCCACACUGGACCCAUAACAAUUUGCCUAUCGUAGUAAUAGGAGCACAGAUGAUGCGGUGUCUCUGGCGCUGCACUCCAUGCUCACACAUCUGGACAAUGAGGACACUUAUGCACGCAUGCUGUUUGUAGACUUCAGCUCUGCAUUCAAUACCGUCAUCCCUUCCAAGCUAAUCAUCAAACUUGGAAACCUAGGCAUUAACAACUCAACCUGCAACUGGAUUAUGGAUUUCUUGACGAACAGGCCUCAGCUUGUUAGGUUAGGCAACAUCUGCUCCACCACAAUCACCCUCAACACUGGUGUUCCACAGGGCUGCGUACUGAGCCCCUUUCUCUACUCCCUUUUCACACUCGACUCUAGACCUGUGAAUGGAUCUGUAGUAGAGUAGGCGGGGCGAGACCGUGGUUCGAGUCCGGUGAGUAAUUGUGAAUUAGCGCCAGCUGUGCGCACACCGGCAUCGAAUCACGUAGGAGAUGGGAGAAUAUAAAAGGAACGAGCGACCGGACCGUUGAAGAGAGAGGACCGGGCCCGAACUUAUGUUAUGUUUGUAUUUAUAUUAUGUUUUGUUCGCCGGCGGUCGUCCGUGAGGGGCCGCCGGCUGUUAUAUUACUUUAUUAAAUUUUUAAAUGUUUGCCGGUUCCCGCCUCCUUCCUUCCAUUUUAUUGAGAUUUGUUACAUUGGUGCCGAAACCCGGGAGGAAGGAGAGACAUGCUGUGGGAGAGUCCUCGCCGCCGAGUGGCCUCGCGGUGCCGGAGAGUUCGGGCAGCGCGGACGAAGGGCGUCCGCCAGUGGCUGCCCGAAGCGGUGGCUCUGGGGAAACGGAAGUGCACAGUGCGGCCACCGUCAAAACUUCGGUGGAACGGCGACCUUUGCUGCCGCGCCCCUGGGUCGAGGUGAGGUGGCUUUCGUCCAAGUGGGAGCGGGGGGGUUGCCGCCGUCAGCCAGAGGCCGGAGCCUGUGUCCGUCCCCCGAGGGGGAGGAGCAGGGGGCGGAAGUGCCGGGUGAGCCACCGCCUGCCAGAGGCCGGAGCCUGCGUCCGUCCGCCCAAGGGGGAGGAACAGGGGACGGGGAACCUACCCCGACUCCCGGAUAAAGGAGGAGCCACCGCCGGCCGCCAGCAACAACGAUGAGACUGCUUACAGGGAGGAGGUACGGCACCUGGCCACAUGGUGCUCAAACAACAACCUGCUCCUUAACACCUCCAAGACAAAGGAGAUCAUCGUGGACUUCAGGAAGGCGAAGGGAGGCACACACGACCCCAUCCACAUUAACGGGACGGCUGUUGAACGUGUUUCCAGUUUUAAGUUCCUGGGAUCCAUAUUUCGGAGGACCUGUCCUGGACCACCAACACCUCAUGCCUGGUCAAGAAGGCUCACCAGCGUCUCUUCUUUCUGAGGACACUAAGGGAAGAACCAACUGUCUUCAACUAUCCUGGUGAACUUCUAUCGCUGCACGAUAGAGAGCAUCCUGACCAACUGUGUCACAGUCUGGUAUGGGAACUGUUCUGUUGCUGAGCCCAAGGCACUGCAGCGGGUGGUGCAAACAGCCCAGCGCAUCACAGGGACUACACUCUCUUCCAUUGAGGACAUCCAGAAGAAACGCUGUCUGCGUCGAGCUCGCAGCAUUCUCAAGGACUCCUCUCACCCCGCUCACAGACUGUUUACUCUCCUGCCUUCCGGUAGGCGCUUCAGGUGCCUCCGGACAAGAACCAGCAGACUAGGAAACAGCUUUUUUCCCAGAGCUGUUUCAUUAUUGAACUCUGCUCCCCACUGAUUCCACUACCCCUCAUAACUUUAACUUUAAUGCUGCUAUUACAUUGUUUACAUUGCACUACAGGGCUGCCAUGCAUGACUGAACUGUACACACCAGUACUUCAUGUAUCUGCUCUACCGGACUGUUUACACACACACAGCAUAAUUUGCACUCUAUACUGCUCACUUGCACACAAGGAAUAUUACUGAAUGCCCAUUUGCACUAAUGGACUACUCUCAUAACUGAAUUACCUCAUCUACUGCACUGUAACUUCAAUAACUGCACGAACUCAUCUACUGCAGUGUAACUCUAUUAACGGCAUCUACUCAUCUAUUGCACCAUAACUUCAAUAACUGUAUUAGUAACUCAGUAACUCUAUUAACUGCAUAUACUCAUAUAUUGCACCAUAACUUCAAUUACUGUAUUAGUAACUCAGUAACUCUAUUAACUGCAUCUACUCAUCUACUGCACUGUAACUUCAAUAACAAUAACUGCACUAACUCAUCUACUGCACUGUAACUCUAUUAACGGCAUCUACUCAUCUAUUGCACCAUAACUUCAAUAACUGCAUGAAUUCAUCUACUGCACUUUAACCUUAAUAACUGCAUUAACUCAUCUACUGCAGUGUAACUCUAUUAACGGCAUCUACUCAUCUAUUGCACCAUAGCUUCAAUAACUGCAUGAAUUCAUCUACUGCACUGUAACCUUAAUAACUGCACGAACUCAUCUACUGCAGUGUAACUCUAUUAACGGCAUCUACUCAUCUAUUGCAGCAUAACUUCAAUAACUAUAUUAGUAACUCAGUAACUCUAUUAACUGCAUCUACUCAUCUAUUGCACCAUAACUUCAAUUACUGUAUUAGUAACUCAGUAACUCUAUUAACUGCAUCUACUCAUCUACUGCACUGUAACUUCAAUAACAAUAACUGCACUAACUCAUCUACUGCACUGUAACUCUAUUAACGGCAUCUACUCAUCUAUUGUACCAUAACUUCAAUAACUGCAUGAAUUCAUCUACUGCACUGUAACCUUAAUAACUGCAUUAACUCAUCUUCUGCACUGUAACUUUAAUAGCUAAUGUCUGUAAUUAAUGCACACUUAAGUCGCAUGCACUAUUGUAUAGUCUAAAUUGUUAUCUGUUCAUAUCCACCUGUACAUUAAUGUUCACAGUAUAUAGCCUUCUGUAUAUAUUGUCCAUAGUACAUACCGACUGUCAUAUUGUUGUAGAACAUUUGUAUAGUAUUUCCCUUAUAUUGUAUUCUGUAUUUAUUAACACUGUAUA